AUGAUGGUGAUUCCCGAACUCGAUAGUUCGGCAUUCGACCUCGAAUCGCAGAACGAUGUAAAGUUGUUAGUGGAUGACCUCAUGCGGUUAGAGGACAAAAUGCUGCUGGUGCGGCGAGCCUGUCGAUUUGAGCCUCAUACAUCGGCAACAAGUUGUAUGUAUAAUAAGCUCCGUGAUCUUCUGAACCUUGAAUCAUCCCUUACAUAA